AUGCGUUUCCACUGCAUGCCCCUCCUCUACGUCCUCACCUUCUUCGUCCUCAUCUCGGGCCUCUUCUCCGUCCUGCUGUCCCUGGCGCCGUGCUUCGUCAAGUCCAAGAACCACUGCUACCGCGGCUAUGAAUCCCACUACUCCUUCGACGUCGACCGCGCCGACCACGCCGAGUGGAUGCGCGCCAUCCCGGACAGCACCAACCUCACCAGCCUGUCCAUCCCGGGCACCCACGACACCAUGACCUUUGACCUCAAGAACCAGGUCUUCCAAUGCCAGAACCACAACCUGUCGGCCCAGCUGCACGCCGGCAUGCGGUACCUCGACAUCCGCGGCCGCCUGGUCAACGACACCAUCGACAUCUACCACGCCUCUAUGCCCACGGGCUACUCCUACACCGAGGUUCUUCUCACCGUGUUCGACUUCCUGGACGACCACCCCAGCGAGACCGUCGUCAUGCGGCUCAAGGAGGAGGGCCGGCCCCUCGGCGCCAACACCAUGACCUUUGAGGACGCCUUCAACUUCUACCUGCACAACUCCACCGUCACCUCGGCCGGCGCCAAAGCCCACUUCCGCAAGCACAACCCGCGCAAGCCCUACCCGACGCUGGGCGCCCUGCGCGGCAAGAUCUUCCUCCUGCAGAACUUCCCCUCCAAGGGCCCCGACAGCCCCUACGGCGUCGUCUGGGAGUCCGCCGACAUGGUCCUCGAGGACCUCUGGAUCAUCCCCAGCGUCGACCACCUCUACAUGAAGUGGGAGGCCAUCGAGAACGCCCUGCGCCGCGCCGCCACCGCCAAGCCGCACGCCAACCGCGUGCUGUACCUCGCCCACCUGAGCGCCUCCGUCGGCGUGCUGCCCAUCGAGGCCGCCGCCGGGAACCUCAACCGCACCGUGGCCGGCAUGAACGACCGCACCGGCGACUGGCUCGCCGCGACGGCCGACCGCGGCGACAGCGGCAAGACUGGCGUCGUCAUCAUCGACUUCCCCGGCAAGGAGCUGGUGGACCAGGUGCUGGCGCGGAACCGGCUGUUGACGGACCGGAGUGCCGAGCUAUGA